AUGGCGUCAACAAGUAGCAAAGCGUCACAACAACAAAGAAAUCUGCCCUGGGUUGAAAAGUACAGACCCCAGACUCUGGAUGACUUGAUAUCCCAUAAAGAUAUUCUUAGCACAAUUCAAAAGUUUAUUACUGAGGACAGACUCCCCCACCUCCUGUUCUAUGGACCUCCAGGUACAGGCAAAACGUCCACCAUCCUGGCCUGUGCCAAACAGCUGUACAAGGACAAGGAGUUCACUUCCAUGGUUUUAGAGCUCAAUGCAUCUGAUGAUAGAGGUAUUGAUGUAGUGCGAGGGCCAGUUCUCAGUUUUGCCAGCACAAGGACCAUUUUUAAGAAAGGUUUCAAGUUGGUUAUACUCGAUGAGGCUGAUGCCAUGACCCAGGAUGCCCAGAAUGCUUUGCGACGAGUAAUUGAGAAAUUCACGGAGAAUACCCGAUUUUGUUUGAUCUGCAACUAUCUGUCCAAAAUCAUCCCUGCUCUACAGUCUCGCUGCACCAGAUUUCGCUUUGGCCCUUUGGCCCCUGAGCAGAUGAUCCCACGACUGGAACAUGUCAUCAAAGAAGAGAACAUUGACAUAACGUCAGAUGGAAUGAAGGCGAUUGUUACGUUAUCUUCCGGGGAUAUGAGAAGAUCUCUGAACAUAUUACAAAGCACCAGUAUGGCAUAUGGGAAGGUCAGCGAGGACACUGUCUACACAUGCACUGGUCACCCUCUUCGCUCUGAUAUCGCAAACAUCCUCGAUUGGUCACUCAACCAGAAUUUUUCCACGGCUUAUAAUCAGAUUCUCCAGCUGAAGACACUGAAAGGCUUGGCACUGCAUGAUAUUCUGACUGAGGUCCAUAUGCUUAUACACAGAGUUGAUUUUUCUCCUUCCAUUCGAAUGGGCCUGCUCAUAAAGUUAGCUGACAUCGAACACCGCUUGGCCUCUGGAACCAAUGAGAAGAUUCAGCUGAGCUCCAUGGUUGCGGCCUUCCAGGCAGUGCGGGACAUCGUGACGAGUGAGGCUGCCUAG